GCAGCUGCAUCCCAGCCUGGGAGGAGGCAGAGGCUCCCAUCCUCCCUGCUUGGGGAGGGGGGAAGAGGGUUUAGAGUGGGAUCAGCCCCUGGGGUAGAGAGGAAACAAUAUUGGAUAAGAAAGCCUGACGGGGCCUGGGACGGAUUUGCUCUUAGCAAGGGUCGGAGUGGUGGGGAGGGAUCCUGUAAUGUAGGGCUGUGAUCUCUCCUGAUUAAUUAGGAAUGAUCACUGAUCUAAAGCAUCACAAUUGCCCUGGGCCUGGUUUUAGUCUGGAUGCCUGGCUUUUGUCCUUCCAUCCUGGAGCCCCGCUGGCUGUCUGCUAAAUUGCACAAGAGAGGAAGACAUUGACUUAUCCUGCUAGGCUUAAAUGGCACUCGAUGGGCAGAGCAGAUGCAGGAGUGAGGCAGUCCUGAGAGCUGGCAUUUUCCUGCCACAAGGCUUCUGGAUUCAGAGGCCUUGGCUAUAGCUGUGGACAGUAACCUGAGGUAUAUGCUGACUGCCCUGCAGAGGCGGAGAGGUAAUUGUACAGGGUCAGGGAUAGGUUUGACUGGUAACCUGGACCAUGUUCAGCCGGUCAGGAUACCAAGCCCUUCCCUUGGGAGACUUUGACCGCUUCCAGCAGUCCAGCAUCGGGCUCUAUGGAUCUCAGAAGGGCUUCUUUUCUUUCGGGCCUGCGCAGGACCCAGUGGCUCAGAACCAGAAUACAACAGAUUCUUCCCAGGGCUGGCUGUCAUGGAUCUGCCAUGGGAUUGUCACAUUUCUGGUCUUUCUGCUGAUGGUCAUCACCUUCCCCAUUUCUGGAUGGUUUGCUUUGAAGAUAGUCCCUGCUUACGAGCGAAUGAUCGUCUUCCGUCUGGGCCGCAUCCGGGCCCCCCAAGGGCCUGGCGUGGUCCUGCUUCUUCCAUUCAUAGACCAGUGGCAACGAGUGGACUUAAGGACUAGAGCUUUCAGUGUGCCACCAUGUAAGCUGACCUCCAAGGAUGGCGCGGUGAUCUCCAUGGGGGCGGAUGUCCAGUUCCGGGUGUGGGAUCCGGCGCUAUCCGUCAUGAUGGUGAAGGACCUCAUUGCAGCCACCCGAAUGACAGCUCAGAACGCCAUGACGAAGAACUUGCUCAAGAAGAGCCUGAGGGAGAUCCAGACUGAAAAGCUGCGGAUUGGAGACCAGCUCCUGCUUGAAAUCAAUGAUAUGACCAAGUCCUGGGGCCUGGAAGUGGAUCGGGUUGAACUGAUCUUGGAGGCAGUUCUGCAGUCUCCUCAAGAGAGUCACUCAGGACCUCUGACCAUGAUGCCUCCUAUCCCUGGACUGGAGGGGCUGGAUAGCACCAUUCAGCAUUUGGCCAUGCAUUUCUUUAGCAACAGUAUGGCAACAGCAGCCAAUCCAAAUGUUGCUCCAGAGACAGCUGAAAGUGUGGAGACAGUGAAUGAGGUGGAACCACCUGCUCCUACCAUUACCACCACUACCACCACUGCUGCUACCACCAGAAGGAAACUGGGUGCUGAGGAGUUGCUGUCCACUGUGGAGCUCUUCCUGUCUGAGUCCUUGGUCAGCCAGGUUGGAGCUUCCUACCAGUUUAACAUCCUACUUCCAAGUGGAGCCCGGAGCACCUAUUUCAUAGAUCUCUCUACAGGCAGUGGGAAGGUUGGCUGCGGAGUACCGGAACACAACCCCGAUGUAAUCCUGGAGAUGACAGAAAAAGACCUGCAGGCCUUCUUCUUAGGUGAACUCCGUCCUCUGACUGCUUACAUGAGUGGGAGACUGCGAGUCAAGGGGGACCUGAAUGUUGCCCUGAAGCUGGAGGAGCUCUUCAAGGCAAUGAAACAACGUAGAUAAAGAGAGAGAGAGAGAGAGUGUGUGUGUGUGUGUGUGUGUGUGUGUGUGUGUCUUUACGUGUGUGUGCAUAUAUGAAAGAUGAAGUGAUGGUGGAAGAAGUGAAGAAUCUGGCUUAUGGAGAAAACAAAGGCUCCCAGGUCCUUCAGUUCUAGCGAGCAGUUUCUUUUCUGUUUCACAUGCUGGGGAUGUUGAUCAUUGCCCAAAUGAGCAGGGAAAGAAUCCUUGCAUGGGAGCGCCAUGAGGAACUGAAAAUCAGAUCCCAGCAAAAUGCCCUUCGCAUAAGGCUCUGAUGAGGGAGGUGGGGUACAAGAGAGAUCAUUCCUAAGUCCACAGGCAGUUGUAGGGUCCCCAUCCCCUGAUACCUUCAGAUCAAGACUGGAGGCCUUUCUGGGAGAGUGAUGUCAAACACAAGCUCAUGGGCUCAGUGUUGGGGUAGCUUUGAUUAAAGUCCUGAUCCUCUUUCUAGAAGAGGCCAGACUAGAUGAACUAAAGGUCUCUUCAAGCCUUAAAAUCUGAGUCUGAGAAUGAGUUUGCAAAAGGGAAAUCACCAGUUGAAAGGCCUGAUUCUCAGCUGUAUUUCAACCCAAAGUUCUGAUUUUUGUAGAUGAAAAUGCCAGUACAGAACUGGCACCCAAUUCUCCCUCCCUUGAAAUUCACAGUAUUCCUUAAUGCAAGUGAAUUGACAUAUAUCCUGACUGGGGAAAGUGAGGCAACUAUAGUCUCAAUAGCCCACUGUUCUGUGGGGUGUCAUGACCUGUGAGGUGAAUUCCAUAACUAUCAUUCAUGCAAACAACAAACAACCCACUAUCUUCCAGCAAGGGAGGUGGAUUUGCAAACCUCCAGGACUGCAGUUACACAUCCAACUGCUUGAUCUGGGGCUGCAAAGAUGCAUCUGGAUUUCUACCUACAAAUAUUUGCAUGCAAGCUGAUUUGCAGGUGCCUAUUGAAAAAGACCAUUCUUUAGACACUUUGAGUCAUAAAUCUCUACUGAAAGAAUAGGAGAAGCAGCUGAUGGGCAUGUAUUAUAGUAAGGAAUCUCUUCAGUUUCUUGACCUUCCAUGCACAGGUUGUUUGCAAUUAGUGGUUGCUCUAAUUUGUGUUUCAAGUGUUCUGCAUGCCUCUCAUUAGGUGUAGAUGUGGAUGUGUACAUGAACUGUACAUAUAUUUAUUUAUUUUGUAAUCUGUCUUUAUAUUAAUUAUUGAUUUUCAAUAAACGUGUUACAUGUGGUCAGACA